AUGAGCCACGCCGCGGCGCUCCUCGUCCCGCUGGGCGCGGCGCUGGCGCCGCCCUGCGUGCCCCCGCUCAUUGGCGCGCACUACCAAGAGCAACAUGUUGAUCCAGAGGAGCGCAAAGAGGCGAAUGAUGAGAGCGCAUGGUCUGAUGCCGGCAGCGACGCUGAGCCUGUGUGGUCCGUCCCCUGGUUUCAUGCUGGUGGCGCAUCGAGCCCCGACGCACUGAUCAAGACAGGCGAGGUGCGCGCUGCUAUGGGGGGCGACGAGGGCAGUGUAUAUGUGUUUGCGCGUGCUAUUACACGCCCGGAUGGCACUGCGCCCCCUGACGAGGCGCCAGCGACACCGUCGCCGCCUGUCGAGCCUCGGUCAUCCACCUUGUCGCCCUCUGAGAAUGCGCGGCCUGGCAUUGUAACGCGGAGACACCACCGCCAAAACUUGCAGCUACUUGUCGCAAGCCUUGCUCCGAGCGAUGUGUCCUCGUUGCAUAGUGCUCCUCCGUCUUGCGCGGCGACGUCGCCCCAGAUAGGACGGCGGGAUCCGACGGUCAGCACGUCCCAUGCGACGGCUUCGUCCACGCCCGAGGAUCCUAAGCGAAGCCUUGCUGAAAACCUCCUCGAGGCUCAGUACCAUGCAGCGGAUGUGCCAACCGUCAUUGAGCAUCCUUUUCACGACCAUCCCAAGUAUGUGCCACAUGUUCAUACACACCAUGCCGCUGCCGAGGCGCCUGAUAAGGCGCCCACGAAGGCGCCUGCUGAAGCGUCUGCACCGAUACCCAUGACGGCGCCCUGUACAGACCCCGCGCCCGACCGGCCGUCCGCCGGUGAACCGGCGCCCUGGACUACGGAUGACGCCACACCCUGGUCCUGCCAGCGGUGCUUAUACUCGCCCGAUGCGUCAGCUGUCGUUGCCAUCACUGUGACGGGCACGCCAUCUGACCCUGGUCUCCUACUUGUGCAGCAGGCGUCUGGGCGUCUCACUGCAUGGGAUCGGACGACUCUUACGAUGCUUGGCACCGUCUCUAUCAACGCAGGUUGCCAUGACUCCUCUGGGAUGACGGACAUCGUAUUCGAGUAUCAGGCGGCUAGCACUGACAAGCCCGUAUACCAAAGCGUUGCUCGGUGUACCUACCGCAUGGAGGCUCCGCCUGAUCUGGGCCCAUACCACGUCGCGCCCGUGCGCCUCGCGAAGGGAUGCGAGCCCAUGGCACCCUGCGUCGUUGUCCAAUGGCCCGGUUCCGCUGCGUAUGCUUUCCUGCUGUAUGUCGAUACGGCGCGUGCAGCGCUGCUACCCGCCGCCGUGCUGCACCUAUCGAGUGCAACGUCUGUGAUGCUCUGGGAGUUGCAAUCCACCAGUCUCGUGCUAUACUCGCUAGACGAGGCGGCUUGCUGGCACACCUCACAGUACGAUGUCUAUGGUCAGGGCCUUGACGCUCCUUGCGGCGCGUCUAGCGAUCCGGCGCUUUCGACGCUCCAGCAGCGGCUGCGGGCACCGGACGACGUGUCGGCGCCGCUUCUCGAUGUCCACGUCGCUACUUCUCUCGACCCGACGUCCACCGCGCGCCUCGCCAUGGUAGAUGCGCCUGUGGAUCAAGCACUUUUGCUGGAUGACAUGCUCGUAUGUGCGUGCGGUGGAGAUAUGCCGGCCCUCGUCGGUGUCGCCCGCGCCUCGGGCUCCGAGGCGCCCGAGGUGGUGCGCCUGGCCCUGCCGAGUGCAGCUGAGCAGCUCGUGCAGCUUGGCACGCGCGUUGGUGUUGCAUGCACCGCCCAUGCCCUGACCGUACAGGCGAUGUUGCGCGCCGAGGCGCCGCAUUUGGCGAUCAUCGAUGAGGCGCUCUGUGACGCCGUGCAGCUGGCCGUUCCAGUCCCUGACCUCCUUGUCCGUGUGCUGCGCACCGCCCCAGACGGCCCAGCACCGCUUCCGCGCUGGAGUGCAAUCCUUCCACUAAGUCUGAAUCGCCUCGUGCUGGGCCUGCCUACUGGCGGCCUCGCUGUGGCCUCGCUGAACGACGUGCUGAACGAUGCACCAGCAGCACAGACGGCCGUGGCCCACUCGCAUGCGUCGUGGGCCGCGCCCGUAUCGUCGCUGCAGCUCGUGGCGAAUCCCCGCACAGGCACGCGGCACCUGAUGGGCGGCACGGCGCAGGGCGACUUGGGCGUGUGGGGCCUCACGACGCUGCGCAGUGAGGCGGCGUGGUCGUGGUUCACGUCCCCGCUCCAGGCGUUUGUGCCGCUCACGGGCGUACCGCCCCAUUCGCGCUUGUACGGCUGUGUGCUCUGUGUUUCGCUGGACGGCACAAGUGCACUGCUAGCGCUCGACGACGUGCGACUCGUGCAGCUAUUCCCCGGCUGUGGCGCGCCGUUGACCUCUGUGGCCGUGCGCGAUCAUCAAGUCCUGCUCCUCUAUGGCACAUCGCGCGCGCGGAUCUGGGACCUGCGAACGCUCGAGAUGGUGCGCAGCAUCACGCCUGUCGAGGCACGCACGCUCUUACACGACGCGCAGCCAUCGUGGCUCAUGUAUGCGAUCCCAUCGUCGCCACGCAGCGCGCCGCCACGCAGCGAUGCUAUCACUGGCAUGCUCUCGCCCUGUGGCGGCGCACAAGCAGAGGCUGUGAGCGUUCUUUUGGCGGAUGUUCGGCGCGCUAUUGAAGCAGGGGCGCAGACGCUGCGGACGGCGCUCCAAGUGCCGUCACUUGUACCGCUCCUCGAGGCGCGCACGCGCCACGUGCUCGAGGCCCACGCACCCGAAGCGCCUGCCCUGCCUGCCGAGAGUGCGGGUGCGGCCAAGCUGCAGAGUAUGCUGCAGCCUCUGCUCCCCCUGUUCUGGCCCACCGCGCUAGACGCGGUCUUUGGCGCAGCAUCCUCGUGCGACGCCUACCCAGGCAGUGCGCGCGUGCUAGGCUUUGUGAGUAUGGCAUGCCAUGCUGGUGCAGCUCAGCGCUUCUGUCAGUCGCCGGAGGCGACGGCGCAUCAGUUGCUGGCCGCUGUAUCGCUCGCGCUGCUAUGGGAUGCUAUUCACACUGAAGCGCGUGGUGUACUACAUGCGCUGCUCUCACCUGCCUUCCUCGCGCAGCUUGUGGGCCCCGCGUACUGCCCUCCAUCUCUUGCCGCGCUUGGCGUGCAUGUGCUGGACGAGAACGAAGUGUUGCGCACGGCUGCCAAGCUCCUCUUGGCGCGGUACGUGCCUGUUGCGACGGAGAGCGAGCUUACGGAGCUGGAGCGGACGUGGCGUGGACAUGUGCCCCUUGCGCCGUCGGACCCCGCCACGCCAUGCACGCCGUACGCUGUGCUGGUGCUGGGACUCGUGAUGUGUGAGCGGUACGCGCACUUUUCGCCCUUGCUGCUGAAACGCGUGGCAGCGAUGGUCGCAGCAUACCUCGCGCGGCCUGCCGCCGACUCGCUGCCCAUAUGGGUCGCGACGGAGCUAUGCUGUACGGGGUGCCACGUGUGGCAGCACUAUGUCGACACCGUGGCACUCGUGCGGCAUAUUUUCCGCGUGGCCACCGAGCCCGACGAUGUGGCUGCGACGCAUCUCCGUCUCACAGGCCUUACGCUGCGUGGCCUGGCGCGACGUGCGACACUUGAGCUGGCCUCGAAGCACGGUGCCCUGUUUAUGAGCACGCUGGCCAUGGACAUUUUGCACGCUCCGUCGGUCGAGCAGAGUCAAGUGACGCUGCGCCUCGUCGCGUUCUUGAUCCGCCAAAAGCCGCUCGUGCUGUAUCCCAGCCUGCCACGCCUUGUUGAGGCUGUCGUCAAGUCACUUGAUCCCACAUUAGUGGCGGUGCGCUCGUCGCUGACGCGCUCCGCGACGGUGAUGAUCAAGGAACUCGUCGAGACGUACCCUUCGAUUGCGUUCCACAGCGGCACGCAGCGCCUCGCGGUCGGUACCCACGACGGCCCUGUCGUUCUGUACGAUCUCAAGACGGCGACGCGGCUCUAUGUGCUUGACGGACAUACGGCGCCCGUUACCGCGUGUUCGUUCUCGCCAGACGGCCGGCGCUUCCUCUCCCUGUGCCUAAGCGAGGGCCUCGUGCUACUAUGGCGCCUUAGCGCUGGCUUCGUCGAUAUGCUACGCCCGCGACGUACCAAGGGUGAGGCGUCAGCGUAUCGGUCCAUCCCCUUGCAUCUUGGCGACGCCGCGCAGCUCCCACUCGCCGACACACUGGGCGGUGUCUCGCUCCAGUGGCGUGACGCGCACGGUGUCCACAUGCGCAUUGGCGAGGCGCACGUGAAUUUAAGUGUGACAUAA